AUUGCACACGUUUUUGAUUAAAAUUGCUUUAAAUAUUUUUCUCAGUUUUUUUCAAACAGUUCUAUUUAUUAUACUUGAUCAUAUUGUGAAAACUAUGAAGCUUAGAAGUAAUGUAAAACCAUUCCUACGAUGCUCAAAUGCCUGAGUAUCAUUUUAAAAAAUUUCAAAAAAAUUAAAUUGUUUCUAUUUCGAGUCUAAAAGAGGCAAUGACUAAGUUUGCACUAGGGGUGUGCGCCAAAUUUUGAAAUUUGCCGCACAUUAAAAAAUUUUAAUAAAAAUUUUUCUCAAAACAUUCGGUUUUGAUCAUAAACUUAAUGCAAGAAAACAUAUGUUUCAUUCAUGUUUUACAAAAAAUCGAACGAAAACCAGUGAACUUAGUUUUUUUCUAUUAAUUUUGGCACUUUGUGAACUCCAAAAAUUAAAAAAUUAUGCGAUUUACCGAGUAGGACGACUACUGCAAAUUUCAAAAUAUGCCGCACAUCGUGUUAAAAUAAGAAUAUUUUGAGCAUAAUUAAAACAUAAAAAGUUCCAAAAAAAAUUAGUGAAAACUUGAUUUUCACCACUUUUUGGCUCGAAACAAAAUUUCCAAAUAUUUUUUUUUUUCAAAAUUUUUAUCAUUCUAUUUGCUUUUUUUAGCUCUAUAAAAAUGAUUUUUACUGAUUUCCCCACUGGCUCAACUCUAUAGAACUCUAUAGAACACAAAUUAUUUUCAGAAUGUUAAAAAAUAUAAUCGAUUACAAAAGUUUCGAAUUAGAAAUAGUCGUCAUCUUCCUAUUUUCUCAUGCAAUAUGUGCUGCAGGAUUUUUAUUCCCAAUUAUUAUUCACUCAAACAAGAAAGAAUCUGCCCAUCUUCAUCCUAUAAAAAUCAGUUAUCUCAAAGAUACUGGUAUAAUUGUAGUCAUCGGAAUUGUAGUUAUUACCACAAUUUUUAUGUGACAAAAUGCUUUAAUUUCUGUGCACAAAGAGAGUACGUUCCUCGUCUGAUAUUCAAUAGAAUUUCCAUUUUAAUAUGGGGGUCUUUGUGGAUAUUUUAUCCACUGAUUCACAGUGACAAGAUGUUGUUAAUUCAUUCCGUUUGUUUAGGCUUUAUAAUUUCGUUGUACCAUGUUUCCUUAUUCAUCGUGAUCUGUGACCUUGUUGGUUGGCUGUGCUCAAUUUUUUGCAUAUUUUUGUAUCUGACCUCCACGCUCAUUGGAUUAUUAUUUGCCACAUUUAUCCCACUCAUUGUUGUUCAUUGUACGAAAAGUGAUUCAGUUUUAUUUCACUGCGGUGGAGUUAUAAUUUUGUUGGCAGCACUUUUUAAUACGGCAAUUCCAUAUUGGAUCAGAGAACAGGAAAGGAAAGAAGGGCUUCUGUUUCACUUUGAAUCAUAUUAUAAUCGAUCCCAUCACAUGAUUGAUUCUCUUUCCAAUAUAGCCGCCGAAAGAAUUGCUAAAUAUAUGAAUAAUGGUGACUACAUCAUAAGUAAAGCAGUUGAAAGAAUGGAUGCACAAUCAUGCGAAGUUGUGUUUUCAAAUCUAUUGAAGUUAAAUCCAUCACAGUCUGGCGUUAUUGCAGAGGUUUGCAAAAAUCGUAGUCUUCAUUCAUUGAUCCUUGGGAAAAAGAAGAAAAUAUUGAAAUAUGGAAAGAAAAUUGACGUUGUUUGUUUGAUAGAUUGCAUUGUAAAUGAAAACUCACGCACGACAUUAAAAAGUCUGGAUAUCAGCAAAAGUGAGCAAAUUCUACGACAAGGAUGGCCCGAAAAGAUCGCUGAUAUGCUUCCUUCACUCACCACCUUCAUUCUAAGUGGAAAAAAACUUACUGAAAACGAAAUGACGUUACUCAUCAAAAGUUUUCCGAAUCUUUCUUGUUUGGAUAUUAGUGAUACUAAUAUUAAGAACCUUAAUGGAAUAUCCAAUUUAACGCAUUUACAAGUAUUGUCUAUGAGAAACUUGCACUUUAAUACCUGGUUUGAUAUGAUGGAUCUUUUCAAUUUGAAAAAUUUAACUUUUUUGGAUGUUUCACAUGAUCACUACAACACAGGCAUAAAAACUAUGCAGCAAUUCAUUGGCUGUGGAAAAUCUAUCGAAAAAUUGGCUUUCUUGGAUUGCACCUCAACAGAUUUGAAUGACAAUUUACUCAAUUCUUUGAUGGAAUCUCAUCCGAACCUUCAAAAAAUUACGGCACUUAAUUGCCUCGUUCAAUACUCAAAAAUCCCUGAAUUGCAAGUUCUCAACAUGGAAUCUAUUGGCUCAUCUCUCAAGUCACUGUCAUAUUUUACAAGUUUGAAACGUGAAGCGUCAGUACUCAGAUGCUUGACUCGUAUCUUAUUCCUUCUGAGACAAGCUCAUGAAAGAAAUGAAGAAUACGACUUGAUAGGUUGCAUGAUGAAAAUUAUUGAGGUUAUUGAAACAUUCCCGAGUACAUCUGCAAAUAAUUUGAGAUACAGCAUUUAUAUGGAAUGUGUGAAUUGUUUGACGGAAAUUUCCGGCAACAAAUCCCACCAAUUCCACUCACUAGAUGUCUCCUUGGUUCUUGACAUAUUUCUUAACUACAUUGACAAAAUGACUUCAGUUGAUUCAUUUUUUGGAGAGCACCCCUGCAUCCCAGUUUGGACUGCAAUUCUCAACAUGAUUGAUCUAGAUCUUCCCGGGCUGAACUAUGAUAAAAUCGGCGGGAUGGCAAUCCAAUUUCUAAUCAAAACCGCCGUUGCUCAAAACUUUUUCCAAUGCCAUGCGCUUGAUGUUUUCGUGAAGUGCACAGUAAAAUCAAGGAAUCAGAAUUUCAGUCAAUAUUUCACAGGAAUGAAUCAAAGCGCGUACCAUAUUUUCAACGUGCUGACGGGAGUUUUGAAGGGGAUAGAUAUUGAAUGGUGUCUGUCUGCUUUUCGAGUUCUCAGCAGAACUCCACUGAAAUGUAAACACAAUUGAUGUCACAUCUGAUAUAAUUCUAUUAAUUUUGAUAAAUAU